AUGCCUCCUAAGAUCGCACGAAAGCUCACUGCUGCUGAGACCCAGCACGCCAUCGCUCAGACGCAGGGCCAUGAAGCUUCUCAAAGCAACGAGGAUGCAAUUCAGCCUGAUCAGGAGACUCAAACCGACAAUGACACCCAGCUCGACCAGAAUACGCAACCCGAUGCAGAUAUUCCCACGAGCAGCGGCGACAGCGACGUGGUCAACAAGGCAUUGGCCUCGAUUGCUGAUGGCGCCAGUGCUGCCACACCUGAUACUCCUGACUCAUCUGCCGAUGAGACCGAGACUAAGGCUGCGAUCAAGGCUGCAACCAAGAAGCCUGCAGCCAAGAAGGUUUCUGCCACCACUGAUGGCAAGAAAGACGGCGAAGGAAAGAAGAGAAAGCGUCGUGUCAAACGUGAUCCUACAAACUUUCAGGCCUACAUCCACAAAGUUCUGAAACAGAUUCAUCCUGACAAUGCAAUUGGCAAGGCUGCUAUGCAGAUUAUGAAUGACUUCGUCAAAGACAUUUGCAUUCGUAUUGCAGACCUGGCUUCGGAUCUAUGCAAGAAGCUGAAGAAACCUACCCUCCAGGCUCAUGACAUUCAGGCUGCUACCAAGCUCAUUCUCUCCGGAGAGCUGGGAAAUCACGCCCAGCGCAAUGGUGCAAAGGCUCUUCGUGCCUUCAACCAUGCUACCAAGAAAACCCUGCGCUAG